AUGUCGCUGCUGAUGCUGCUGGCGAUCGUGGCGCAGUGCCCGGUGGCGGACGGGUAUCGUUUGCAGCGGAACCAAUCAAGUUGCUACUACAACGGAACACAUUUUAUGGAAAAUUCGAUUGUGCCGACUAAAGAACCCUGUCUAAUGUGCAAAUGUUCCGAAAAGACUCUGAUCUGUGCGCUGAAAGUUUGCCCCGAGCAACCGAUUCCGCCACCGCGGGGAUGCAUUCUGGUGCACAAAAGUGGAUCCUGCUGUCCAUACUUGCAGUGCUCGAAGCUCAAUCUGGCCGUGAAGAAUCAUGGCGAUCGGAAGAAGAUUCACUUUUUGGAUUACUACGAAAAGGCUGCUCAGGAACGGUUGGAAAACCCGAACUCGUACCUUCGCCGUUCGGAUGACGACGAAGUGGAGGACAAUGGAGCUUGUAUCGUCAACGGUACGGUCUAUAAAUCGGGUUCGGCCAUGGUCAGCUCGUCGCUCUGCUCGUAUUGCUACUGCAUCAAUGGUCGGCAGAAGUGCGUCAAGCCAAAGUGUGCCCUUCCCAGCCAAAAGUGCGCGCCCGUGUUUAUCGACUCGACGUGCUGUCCCAUACGGUACGACUGCAGUGGAAAGAGCCCGGUGAAGAAUAACGCUUUGGAGGCCUCGACCGCAUCGCCCAAUCACGUGCGAAGGAUAAACAAUAAACAUUACCAACGGAUGGCCGAACGGCGAGGUUACCGCAGCAACGGGUGCGCAGUCGGUGGACACACGUAUCCUGAUGGGGAGAAAAUGAAGUCCGAGGACCCGUGCGAGGUGUGCUUCUGUAUCCGCGGGCAGCGCAAGUGUACGCCGAAGAAGUGUGCGCCUCCGAUAAAGGGCUGCACACCGCGAGUACCUCGCGGGGAAUGCUGCGCCAUUCGCUACGAUUGCAAACACGGUGAGCAGAAACCGUUCGCACGCAAAAUGGAGGACGAAGAAGAACCUUUCGACUUUUUUUCGAUCCUUUUCGGGCCCGAUCCGGAUGCACCGAAAGGGGAAGAAAAGAAUGUAACGAGCACCAGCGAAGCACCAGUGACCGAACCGGCGCCCGUUAGUACGACGUCUGAGAAAAGUUUCCUCGAUCUUUUGCGCGCAGGUCUCGAUUUUAUCGACGACGCCGGGGAAGAUGAUUUGCUACUGACAACGACCUCGACAGCCCAGCCCGCCCUGUCUACCUCAACAGAGUCCGCUCCGGAGCAGCAGACCGUGAAGGUGGAGAUCAUCCAGGAACCACAAGCGAUCUACAUCGAGAAACCGGAUUUCAAUUUCCCCGUUCGAAACGCUCCGACCGUCCCGGUGAUGUUUAAGCCUUUGCCGAAGAUACCGAUCUUGCUGGUGCCGAAUGAGCCGAGCUUCCAAAACUUGGAGUCCGACUCGCUGCUGAAAGAGCCUCCCAGAGAUGUUUCGAACUCUCUUGCGGAGACGAAAAAUAUUCCCAGUGUUCCGAUGGAAGAAAAACCGGAGCAUUCAUCUACAUCUGGCCCAGUACCGACGACGACGGUGUCUUCGACGAGCAAGGCGACGUCUACUGCAGCUCCUACGACCACAAAACUGCCCAUAACAAAGACGACACCAACCACAACUAUGGAACCAUUAAAGACUUCCCCUAGGACUACUAAAGAACCCACCACGACAGCUUCUACUUCGAAAGCAACGUCGACAACCUCACAACCUACCUCUAGCUCUUCGACGACCCCUGCCCCACCAAGUACAUUGCCUCCGACGACCACUGCCAAAGUUAUACCCUCCUCAACGACCACUGCUCAACCAAUUACUUCGAAAUCGACGUCGACUUUGCAACCUCGGACGUUACCUGUAACGUCUACUACUCAACCAGCUGCUGCAUCCUCAACGACCACUACAGAAACAGUUACUGUGCCGCCAACAACUGAAAAACUGACGACACUUCCAAGCUCUACCGUUACAGCCAAACUAGAGUCGCUGAAGCAAACCGUCAGUACUGUAACGAAAUCCACCGUAGCAUCCUUGAAAACUGACGAGCUCUCAACGGUCAGCAACGUUCCGAGUACUACACAGCUUCCCAAAACAACUUCCCAAGUCAGCACUGCAUCAACACUCGAGGCAUCGUCGCCGAAGCCAGUACAAACAACAUCCGCUGGAACGACAAUACGAAAGACCGUAGCAGUGACCGAGAAAACUACGCCAAUGACAACGAAAAUAGUACCAACUACUGUACGCAGUGUCAGUUCCACUCCAGUGGACGUGGUAUUGAAGAUUGACCAGCUUGUCGAUAAGCAGACGGUAGAAACGAUCCUCAACUCAUUGAAUGUUAAGAUUGAAAAUGUCUCGGCAGUGACUGCCAGUGUGCCGGCCACUACGACGACCGUCACCAUGAAACGACCCAACAAUAAGUUUGUCGGAUUCGCACCGGAGAAAAUACCGACCACCGUGCUGUCGAAGUUGAUAACCCGCACCACGGGCACCACGGGACCUGCGGAAUCCACCACGAUACCAAAUGUGGUAACGUCUGCCGCAGCUAUCAAGAAUGACCUAGCGGUUACGUUCGAAACCGAUAGCACGUCUACGGUAAAGGAUUCAAGUGAACGAACCACAGAUGAGCUUACGACCGCUACGCAGACUCCUACCGACAGCGAAGAAUUGACCACACUCACGACGGCGAAUCUGUCGGAGGAGUCUACCGUUCAAGAUGAGGCAACCUAUUCUACGACCGAUUUUGAAAGCACGACCGAUGCCUUUUCCGCUGAACCAAAGACGGAAUCAAUCGCGAUCGAUAAGAAUGACACAACGACGCCACCGGAGACGGUUACGGCGUUACCCAGCAAACCCGUAGCACCCCCAGCUCGUCCAUCGAACCCGCUGAAGGAGAACAAUCUGCUUUCGGUGCUGCUGAGUGGACUGUCGAAUAUCUUCGACGCGACCAGGAACGAGUCUGGCAAGCAGUCGCAGAAGAAUCGAACCGAGCACCGUCCCAUCACCCCCAAACCGAUCCCAAUCAGUGGGUUCCACAAGGUGGGCAGUAUCCCCUCUAUCCUCGAGGCGGACGUCGGUAUGGACUACGACGAGCCGACGUUGCCGCCAAGCUUGCCGAACCUGAAAAUCAUCCCCUUCCUGCCGGCGGACGCGGUGAAGAAGAACGAUCCACAGAAACCGGCCAAGAUCGUGGCGCCAACGUACACGUACUUCAAGAACCACCCGAACAACUACCCGAUCGUAAAUGAACCGUACGAACCGCCAUCGGCGUACGCCAUGAGCAACGAGCACGAGGUGCUGCAUGCCGGGUUGGCGUACAAAACGGCCGCCAAGCCGAUCGCGGAGUACGAGUAUCCGUACGAUCCCAGUAGCAUCAACUACCCGGCACUGACCGAGAACUAUGACGUCGAUGCGAAGAAUGGGUAUUACAACACGAAAACCAUUCGCGACAAGUUUGACACGGUGGACGAGACGGACUACGAUUACGACACGGACACGAUCCACAAGUACUCGGAGAUACCGCAGAAACAGGACUUGUUCCAGAACGAGCUGAAGAAGUUUAUCCCCACGAAGUACCAGGAACCGCAGGAAGGCUCGUACGUCCCGGUUUACGACAAGUACGGCGUGGGCUACCCGGAGAAAAACGUUUACUACACGAACCACAAGGAGCUGGCUUAUGGUGGGGCGAAGGUAGACAACCUUCAGCCGAGUAUCGACGAGACCGACAUGAGCGGAUUUUCACCGCCAACCAAAACGGAAGGAGGAUUUGUGCCGAAGGAACAUAUCAAGGAGGAGUACUACUAUGAGGGCUACGUCACUACACCGUUCCCGAUCGAGGCCGAAGAGCAUAACGCGAAGUUACCAUACAAUGCAACUCCGACCAGUUCCUAUGGAGCAACUCCAGUCAAUCCGUUUAUCGACGUGAUCCGAACGGAACCGGCUCCUCCGCUGAUGUCGCUGAUCGAGGACAAGGAAAAGUUGCUUUCUACGCUGCAGACGCAGAACACCUCGCCUGACGGUGCGCUGGAUGACCCCAGCGAGGGCACGGACGAGUUCGAGAAACAAAUCAUCUCCAUCACAACCGACUCAAACUAUCUGUCGUCUUCGGUGGCCGAAGAGAACGUCGCCACGACGGAGCGUACGACGCCCUCGAAACCGAACUUUACCGGCUUCGAACUGAACUUCCCGGUGUCGGUGCAUCACUCGCUGGAACCCGUGUCACCGGCACCGGCGCAGCCCGCGACCAACGGAGGCACCGAGCAGGACCCCGAACCCAGCGGUAUGUUUAGCCUCGAGAAUAUGCUAAACUACUUGCUCCGCGAGGAAGAUCCGAUCAACGAGAACAAGCUACGAAACAUGAGCAGCGGAAGCGAUCCGGUCCCCGCGCUGACUGACGGGAUUCCACCGUUCAAGACGCUCCCGCAGCGACUGGCGGCCGUGUACGAUCCGACCGCCGGGCUUGAGGCUUCCCUGGGCGACGUGAAGCCACCCUCGGACGAGGAACUCCACGAUGGCACGGUGACGCUGAAGGUGGAGAGCGCCAAGAAUGACACCAAAACGCUCUACCGGCCGUCGCUGCUGGAUCUGCCGUUCCUUAACCCGGGUUUCCACACGAAACCGAUCAACCAACCGGACGCGGAUCCCCAGAACGAGCUCGAUCGGUACGGUGGAUACGGUGGCGGGGCAGAGCAUCACAGCGAUCGCUACCACCAUCAGCAACUGAUCGCCGACAGUGGUUCGCCGAGUCACCAGAGUCGGCCCCAUCAGAGCGCGUACGUCGUCAACCCGGUCGACAUUAACAAACUGAAGCAACACCACUCCGAGGGCACGGCGGAGAUUACCAUGAAAUCGAAGGUCAAGGACACGGUCGGGAUCCUGAAGCUGGCCGGGUGCAACAUUUACGGGCGCAUGUACCGCGUUGGGCGCAUCAUCUCGGAGCUGUCGGGCCCAUGUCUGGAGUGCAAGUGUACCGAAGUGGGCGUCCACUGUACGCCGCUCGAUUGCCGGCGGCGUCGAUAG